ACCGAGUCCGAGUCAGCACUGUCAAUCUGUCACGAGUCGUCUUACACCAACACUACACCCAGCAGCUGAUCAUAGCCCAGGGCCCAGUCAGCCAUGUGGACGAGGAAGGUAGCGACGCAGGUGGCCGUCCUCACGCUACUCCUCCUCAUCGCACAGGAGGCGACGAUGCCGGCGGUGGAGGCGCGUGUUUGCCGCCGGCGGAGCGGAGGGUUCAAGGGGCCGUGCGUCUCGGACCACAACUGCGCACAGGUGUGCAUUGGCGAGGGCUGGGGCGGCGGCAACUGCGAUGGCGUCCUACGCCAGUGCAAGUGCGUCAGGCAGUGCUAGCCUAGCUACUAGUAGUAGCUCGCACGAACGAGCACGACAGCAAGUGUACGUGUAUGCAUGUCGGUAGCUCGCGUGCAUGCGUGAUGCCUGCGUACGAGCCCAAAGCUACAUCGAUCGAUGGGCUGUCACGAGAAUAAAAGAGUGCAAUAGAAAAUUGCGUGCUGUUGGCGCUGUAUGGCUCGU